AUGGCCGCCUCGGGGGGGACAGCACCCGGCCACGCGCCCGCGGGGGGGGGGUCCCCGAAAGAGGGGGGGCCCCCAGAGCAGGGGGGGUCCCCGGAGCAGGAGGGGUCCCCGGAGCAGGAGGGGUUCUUCUCGCUGCUGAGCUCGGUGCAGGGCGCCCGCAUGGACGAGCAGCGCUGCAGCCUGGGGGGGCCCACGGGCGGUGCCGGGGCUCCCCCCCCCGAGCUGGCGGCGCUGCUGGAGCUGCUGGCCGAGUCCCAGGGCCGGCGCAUGGACGAGCAGCGGCUGCCGGUGCCCCGACUGCCCGGCUUCGGGCCCGGGGAGCAGGACUGAGCCCCCGGAGCCAGACAGUGCCACCGACCCCCCCCCCCACGUCCCUGAGCCCACGAUGUCACCCUGCGUCCCCUCCCAGCCCCUCGCCCCCCAAUAAACCCCCCCCCGCCUCGUCACUGUGGGGUGUGUGACACCCGGGGACACGGGUGGCGUGGGAGGGGGCACCAGGGGACACCCA